AUGAAGGCCAGUUACUUAGUUUUGAUUUUCAUUAGCAUAUUCUCCAUGGCACAGGCAUCUUCCUUAUCAUCAUACAUCGUAACUUUCCCCAAGACGGAUAAUAUGGCUACGGACCAGAAUAGCAUUAUUGAAGAUGUCAAAAAAUAUGUGGUGGACAUAGGGGGUAAAAUAACACACGAAUAUAGCUUGAUAAAGGGCUUUACAGUGGACUUACCUGAUAGCGACCAAAUUUUGGACGGUCUGAAAGAACGUUUGAGCUAUAUUGAAAGCGAGUACGGUGCUAAAUGCAAUUUGGAAAAGGAUUCAGAAGUUCAUGCUCUAAACCGUGACCAUUUAGUUGCUUAG